GAAGGUAACGUGGAGACAGGAGGGUGAGGGCCUGGAGGUGAAAGUGUAGCAGGUGUCAGUGGCUGGCUCUGGAAGCUUCUUUUGCUGGGAGGAGUCUGGGAGAGACGCCUCGGCAUGGAAUUCAGAUCCCCAAGGCCAGGUGAGACGCGUGGCUCCUCAGAACCUUGGUCGUGCCCUUUCUCUGAGCUCCGUUUCAUUUCUUGUAACCAGACACAGUAAUUGCCCAAAGCCUGAGCCCGGGGGACUCCAGAGUGCUCUCUGAGGCUGACAAGAGGAGUGAGUAAAUAAUUAAAUAAGCUUUGCCAAGUGUAAAGGAAUGACCAAAGCCUAUACUUCCGUUGCACCAGUGAUCCUCACCACAAGCCUAGAGACUUCCUCCCCAAUUGUGACGGUUGGGAAAGAAGCAGACUGCGGGCCGUCUCUUGGAGUAGCAGCAGGCAUUCCAUCUCUGGUGGCCACGGGACUGAUGGUGGCGUUAGUAUUUAUUGUGAUUCAACAAAGAAGAAGAAGAAGAAGCAACAGCAGCAGUGAGACCAUUGAGGACAGUGAGAUGCCAUGUGAAAUUUCAGAAAUUUAUGACAGUCCCAAGGUAGCCGAGAAUCCUGCCAGGUCACCCACCCGUGAGAACAUGACGGGAGCAGAGGAAGGGCACAUCUACGUGAAGACGGUGUCGGCCGGGGAGGAGGCACCGCGUGGUGCUUACCAUCCUCCUACGGAACCCCAGAGACGGCGCGGGCUGUGGUGGCUGAUGCCCAGACUGAGCCUGGACUGACACAGCACGGCUCAGAGCGCGCCAAGAGC